AUGGCGCUGACCCUCGAGAAUCCGGUCCACGCUCUGAAGCAGCGUCUGCGAAGCUGCUGCGGUCUUCCCCGGUUCCGGCAGAAGCUGGUGUCCCAGGAGGGGAAGAUCCUGGCCGACGAUGGUCCACUCCCGGGACCCGGUGAUCUCCAGCUGGUCAUCCUGCCAUUUGCCAAAACCAGUGAGUGGCAGACGGACCGACUCAUUACAGCUGCAGCGAACGACGACACGCAUGAGGUGGAGUUCAUCCUCCAGCGGCCACAGGAUCCUGACCUGCCAGACGGCGACGGCGACACAGCCCUGAACCUGGCAGCAGCCUGUGGAUGUGAAGGCACCAUGGAACUGCUGCUCGAGGCGGGUGCAGAGGAGAAUCAGAGCAACGCCCAUGGCAUCACCCCCCUUUUCGCGGCCGCGGCGAACGGCCGCUUGGGCGCUGCGCGGCUGCUACUGGAGGCCGGCGUGCGGGCAAACCCGGUCGCCCAUGACGACAGCUCCACUCCGCUCUUCGCUGCUGCGCAAGGGGGCCACGAGGAAGUAGCGCAGCUCCUGCUGAGCUCCCAGGCGGAUGCGGAGAGGACCACGGUGUCUGGCAAGACCUCAUUGGGCAUGGCGGCACGUGGUGGGCACGCGGAGGUCACAAGGGUGUUGCUGGAGGCGCGGGCGCAGCUAGAUGCCUCCGACACGCUCGGCGAGACGCCUCUGUUCUAUGCCUCGCGCGACGGGCAUGCGGAGGUGGCGCGCAUGUUGGUGAAGGCUGGUGCUCAACCAGAGACCGUGACAAGCCGGGGUGAGACUCCACUCUUUGGGGCGUGUAGCGGUGGACACCUGGAUGUGGUUCGCCACUUGCUGGAAGCUCGCGCCAACGUGGAGAAGUCCGGGCCGAACGGGGAGAGACCCCUGAUGGUGGCUACCCGCUGUGGCUACGUGGAGCUGGUGCGCCUGCUUUUAGAUCACAUGGCUGACUUGGAUGCGACCAACUCGGCCGGCGAAUCUGCCUACCAUGUGGCCAGCCGUGAGCAGCCGGCAGUGCUUCAGCUCCUUCAGGGGCACUGCUGCAACUGCUGGGACGGGAGGAGUCUUCCUUGCCUGCGGACGGCGCUGUCUGCAGAAUAA